ACAGAAGAUAUAAGAGAAUAAAAUUUCAAAGCUUAGUUCAGUAACAUUUAGACUUCAAGUUAUCAAAGUUGGUGUUCGAUACUUUUCAAUCAAAUCUGAAUAUUUUCCAUUUAUCACUGGUUAUCGACAGUCAUUGUAAUACAGUAUGAAAUUAACAUUAUUUUUCGGUUUUUUGAUAUUUUUCAUUCAAAGUCUAGAAGGCAACAAACAGAAUAGCACAAUCGAACUAGUGCAUGUGUUCUUCAGACAUGGAAGCAGGACACCAGAAGAAAAAGAUUUGUACCCUAACGACAUUUAUGGUUAUAAAACAUUUGCAUCUGUUGGGUAUGGUCAGCUAACCAAUUUGGGCAAGCAACGAGCUUAUCGACUUGGAAAACUUCUUCGUAGACAGUACAGUGAUUUUUUGGGUGCAUAUAAUACCGAUGUGGUCCAUGCCACCAGCACAGACUUUGAUAGAACCAAGAUGACUGCCCUUUUGGUACUAGCUGGUCUUUUUCCUCCAGCCGAGGAACAAAAAUGGGACAAAUCACUGCGGUGGCUUCCCAUACCUUAUCACUAUGAAAAGCACAUCGAUGACUUUGUUUUGAGACGACCCAAUGAAUAUUGUCCUGCAUACAUGAAAGAAUUGAAAAGGGUUUUGGCCUCUGAUGAAGUGCAAAAGGUUUUGGAUGACAACAGCAAUGUUUUUGAAUACAUUAGUAAGCACAGUGGCAAGAAUAUGACCACGUUAGCCGACAUGUUUAGUAUUUAUCAGACGUUAAGUGCAGAAGACUACAUGAACCUGACACUUCCCAAAUGGACUAGCAGGGUCUUUCCCGGUAUCAUUCAUCAUCUUGCUGGGAAACAGUGUGAAUUUGAAAAUCACAACUUGAUUCUCAAGAAACUCAAUGGAGGAAGGAUCUUAUCGAAAGUAAUUGAUCAAAUGGUUCAGAAAGCUAAUAGGACCUUGUAUCCGGAAGGCCGAAAGAUGUAUUUGUACUCAGGUCACGAAAACAACGUAAUCAAUGUAUUAUCGACGCUUAAUCUGUUUGUUCCACACGUACCCAAAUACAGUGCCGCUGUUUUUAUUGAAUUGCACCGCUUGGAAGAUAAUAGUCGAGCUGUUAAGAUUUACUAUGCGAAGCACAUCAGCUCGGAACCUCGCUUGCAGAAGCUUCCGCAGUGUGAGGAACUUUGCCCAUUCGAAAGAUUUUUAGAAAUAACUUCGCCAUAUAUUCCAAUUAAUUACACUGCCGAGUGCGAAUCUGAUGCGCUAUUAGACUAAUGUAUGUUUAUUAAUCCUUUUUUGCUUAUUAGUAUUACAAACUUUCCAAAUGUUAAAAUGUUAAAAGAUGAUUCAUCUCCUGUAUGAUCAUAAAAAAAAUUACUUGUGACGUUAAUUAAAAGUUACGUAUUGUUGCAAUGACUACGAUUUUAUUAAUAGUAGAUUAAUAUAUAUUUAUUUAAAAAAAUCUAGCGAAAUGAUAACUUAUUUGUUAUUUUUCUCUUUGAUGCGUAUGUAGGUGACUUAGCUGUUAUUUAUUUUGUUGUAUUUUUAUUAUUGACGAUGUGAACUUCGAAUAAAUGGAAUGUGUGUAUAUUACACGCAUAGUUAACACUU